CCCGUCUCCUGGUCCCCGCCAUGGUGCUGGAGUCGGUGGUCGCAGACUUGCUGAACCGCUUCCUAGGGGAUUACGUGGAGAACCUGAACAAGUCCCAGCUAAAGCUGGGGAUCUGGGGCGGUAAUGUGGCUUUAGAUAAUCUGCAGAUAACAGAAAAUGCUCUGAGUGAAUUGGAUGUUCCUUUCAAAGUCAAGGCUGGUCAAAUUGAUAAAUUAACUUUGAAGAUUCCAUGGAAAAACCUUUAUGGAGAAGCAGUCGUUGCCACCCUAGAAGGAUUAUACCUGCUUGUGGUUCCUGGAGCAAGUAUUAAGUAUGAUGCUGAGAAAGAAGAAAAAUCUUUGCAGGAUAUUAAACAGAAAGAGCUUUCCCGAAUUGAAGAAGCCCUUAAAAAAGCAGCAGAGAGAGGUGCACAUGCAGGGGAGUUCGUGUAUGGCUUGGAAAACUUGCUUUACAAGGAUGUCAAGCCUGGACGUAAGCGUAAAAAGCACAAAAAACAUUUUAAGAAACGUUUUAAAGGUCUUGAUCGCUCCAAAGAUAAGCCCAAAGAAGCAAAAAAAGAUACAUUUUUGGAAAAAUUGGCAACUCAAGUAAUAAAAAAUGUUCAAGUGAAAAUCACAGACAUUCACAUUAAAUAUGAAGAUGACGUGACUGAUCCAGAAAGGCCACUUUCCUUUGGUGUCACGCUGGGAGAAUUUAGUCUAUUGACAACAAAUGAGCACUGGACUCCAUGCAUUCUAAAUGAAGCAGAAAAAAUUAUAUAUAAGCUUGUGAAACUUGACAGUCUCAGUGCCUACUGGAAUGUUGGCUGCCACAUGUCUUACCAUGGAUCAAGGGAGCAUAUUUUGGAUCAACUAAAGCGUGAAAUUCUUACAAGUAGAAACAUCCCCCCAAACCAUCAGUACAUUUUCCAGCCAAUAUCGGCCUCUGCAAAACUCUACAUGAAUCCUUGUGCAGAAUCAGAACUUAAAACACCCAAACUUGAUGGGAACAUAGAAGUACAAAAUAUCGCCAUUGAGCUGACGAAGCCUCAGUACUUAAGUAUGAUUGACUUUUUGGAGUCACUGGAUUAUAUGUUUAGAAAUGCCCCAUACAGGAAGUACAAACCUUGUUUACCACUUCACACCAAUUGUCGGCAAUGGUGGAAAUAUGCAAUUGAUUCUGUUCUUGAAGUUCAUAUAAGAAGAUAUACUCAGAUGUGGUCAUGGAGUAACAUAAAAAAACACCGGCAGUUACUCAAGAGUUACAAAAUUGCCUACAAAAACAAGUUAACACAAACGAAAGUCUCAGAAGAAAUACAGAAACAAAUUCAGGACUUGGAGAAGAGUUUAGAUGUUUUUAACAUAAUUUUAGUGAGACAACAAGCACAAGUUGAGAUCAUUCAUUCUGGGCAGAAAUUAAGAAAAAAGUCUGCUGAAGCAGGCGAGAAACGUGGCUGGUUUAGUGGGUUUUGGGGAAAGAGAGAGACUAAGAAGAAAGAUGAGGACUCAUUGAUCCCUGAAACUAUCGAUGACCUCAUGACUCCAGAGGAGAAAGACAAGCUCUUCACUGCCAUUGGCUACAGUGAGAGCACCUACAACUUGGCUUUGCCCAAGCAGUAUGUGGCCCAUAUACUGACUCUGAAGUUGGUGAGCACCUCUAUUACAAUAAGAGAAAAUAGAAAUGUUCCAGAAAUCUUGAGAAUUCAGAUAAUUGGCUUGGGUACCCAGGUAUCCCAGCGACCAGGAGCACAAGCACUUAAGAUAGAAGCAAAAUUAGAACAUUGGUACGUCACAGGUUUGCGACAACAAGACAUUGUGCCAUCACUGGUUGCUUCCAUUGGGGAUACUUCAUCAUCCUUGCUCAAAAUUGAGUUUGAAACCAACCCUGAGAACAGUCCUGCUGACCAGACUCUAAUCGUUCAGUCACAGCCUGUGGAGGUCAUCUAUGAUGCUAAAACUAUCAAUGCUGUAGUGGAAUUCUUUCAGUCAAAUAAGGGGUUGGAUCUUGAGCAAAUUACAUCAGCUACAUUGAUGAAGCUGGAAGAAAUUAAGGAGAGAACAGCUACAGGACUUACACAUAUUAUUGAGACUCGGAAAGUCCUCGAUUUAAGGAUAAAUCUAAAGCCUUCUUAUCUAAUAAUUCCACAGACAGGUUUUCACCAUAAAAAGUCAAAUCUUCUUAUUUUAGAUUUUGGUACUUUUCAGCUCAACAGUAAAGACCAAGGUACACAGAAGACGACUAAUUCAUCUCUGGAAGAAAUAAUAGAUAAGGCAUAUGACAAAUUUGAUGUGGAAAUAAAGAGUGUGCAGUUACUUUUUGCAAAAGCAGAGGAAAACUGGAAAAAGUGUAGAUUCCAACAUCCAUCAACUGUGCAUGUAUUGCAACCCAUGGAUAUUCAUGUUGAGCUGGCCAAGGCAAUGGUCGAGAAGGAUGUUAGAAUGGCCAGAUUUAAAGUGUCAGGAGGACUGCCUUUGAUGCAUGUGAGGAUUUCUGACCAGAAGAUAAAAGAUACACUGUGUUUGAUUAAUAGUAUACCCUUGCCACAGAAGUCAUCCACACAGUCUCCAGAGAGACAGGUAGCCUCGAUUCCUGUUCUUUCAGGUGGAACCAAAGGUCUUCUCGGCACUUCACUGUUGCUCGAUGGAGUGGAUUCAGAGUCUGAUGAUGAAUAUUUUGAUGCUGAGGAAGGAGACGUGCAGACUGCCAGAACUGUGAAAGCCUCAGAACUGAAAAAAGUCUCUGAGGUUCCAAAUGAGGAGCUGGUUAAUCUUCUGCUCAAGUUUGAGAUUAAAGAGGUGAUUUUGGAACUCACUAAACAACAGAAAGAAGAAGAGACAAUUCUGGUAUUUAAUGUCACUCAGUUAGGAACAGAAGCAACAAUGAGGGCAUUUGAUUUGACUGCAGUGUCCUAUUUGAGGAAAAUCAGCUUGGAUUACCAUGAAAUUAAAGGAUCCAAAAAGAAGCCUCUUCACUUGAUUAGUUCUUCAGACAAACCUGGAUUAGAUCUUUUAAAAGUGGAGUACAUUAAGGUUGAUAAGAAUGGACCUAGUUUUCAAACUACCUUUGAAAAAACUGAGCAAACAAUUAAGGUGGCUUUUUCAUCUUUGAAUCUGUUGCUACAAACACAAGCUCUUCUGUCUUCCCUUAACUACUUGACAACCAUCAUCCCAUCAGAUGGUGAGAACACCGGUGUUGUCAAGGAGGCGCAGUCUACAACUGAGAAACAAAAGAACUCUCCCCUGCAGAAAACGAUGGUGCCCUCUAGAGAUAGUGACAUUAUUGGCUUUAGGUUAUUUGCCAAAUUGAAUGCUUUCUGUGUCACUGUCUGUGAUGAGAAGAGCAAUAUUGCUGAAAUCAAGAUACAAGGGCUUGAUUCUUCCCUUUCACUUCAGUCAAAAAAGCAGUCACUUUUUGCCAGGCUGGAGAACAUUGUUGUUACAGAUGUUGACCCCAAAACAGUUCAUAAGAAAGCUGUAUCCAUAGUUGGCAAUGAAGUUUUUCGUUUUAACCUGGAUUUGUAUCCAGAUGCCACUGAAGGGGAUUCCUACACUGACAUGUCCACUGUGGAUGGUGUGAUGGCAUUGCACGUUGGCUGUAUUCAGAUUGUCUACCUGCAUAAAUUCCUUAUGUCAUUGCUGAGCUUCCUGAACAAUUUCCAGGUGGCCAAAGAGGCACUGAGUGCCGCCACUGCCCAGGCUGCAGAAAAGGCUGCCACGAGUGUGAAAGAUCUUGCCCAGAGGAGUUUUCGUGUUUCUGUCAAUAUUGACUUGAAAGCACCAGUCAUUGUCAUUCCACAGUCCUCCGUUUCCACCAGUGCUGUCGUGGUAGAUCUUGGAUUAAUUAGAGUUCACAAUCAGUUCAGUCUGGUGUCUGGUGAAGACACCGUAAGUCCUCCAGUGAUCGACAAAAUGGAGGUGCAGCUUACGAAACUGAAACUCUCUAGGACAGCAAUCCAGCCAGGCGUCUCCCAUCCUGAUAUUCAGCUGUUGCACCCCAUUAACUUGGAGUUUUUUGUUAAUCGGAAUCUAGCUGCAAGUUGGUACCAUAAGAUGCCUGUUGUAGAAAUUAAAGGGUGUCUUGAUUCUGUGAAUGUUAGUCUAAAUCAAGAGGAUGUUAAUCUUCUGUUUAGAAUCCUGGCAGAAAAUCUUGGUGAGGCCCCUGAAGACUUGGAUAAAGGGCAGCCUAGAAUACAAGAGAUAGGUGAAAUGAAAGCAUGCCAAGAAGUCGCUGUGCCACAGGAUGUACACACCACACAAGAUGUAUCACCAGCCAGAGUGGAAGAGACCAGAUCCAUUGAUGUCAUUAAUGUACUGUUAAACUUUGAAAUUAAAGAGGUUGUGGUUACUCUGAUGAAAAAAGCAGAAAAGAAAGGAACACCCUUACAUGAACUGAAGAUCCUGCAUCUUGGGAUGGAGGCUAGAGUAAAAGCCCAUGACAUGACUGCUGAGGCUUACCUGAGAAAAAUCACUAUGCAGUGUUUUGAUUUUCCUGAUCCCAAAGGCGAGCCUCUGUACAUUGUCAACUCCUCUAAUGUGUCUGAUGGGACCCUCCUGAAAAUGCUGUUCAUUAAGGCAGACAGUGAUGGACCAGAAUUUAAAACUGUUCAUGAUAGCACCAAACAGAAACUGAAGGUUUCAUUUUCAUCUUUGGACUUGGUGCUUCAUUUGGAAGCUUUACUUUCCCUUAUGGAUUUUUUGUCAUCUGCUGUGCCGUCUUCUGACUCUUCCUCCUCUGAGAAGGAAUCUGAGCUGAAGCCACUUGUCGGGGAAUCCAAAAGUCUUGCCAUCAAAGCUGUGCCCAGCACUUCUGAAGGUGAUGUGUUUGAUAUGAAAGUCACAGCCGAAUUAAAUGCCUUUAACAUCUUUGUUUGUGAUCAGAAGAGUCACAUAGCAGAUAUUAAAAUACAUGGAAUGGAUGCCUCUAUUUCUGUGAAGCCAAAGCAGACUGAUGUUUUUGCCAGACUUGAGAAUAUUGUAGUUAUGAAUGUUGAUUCACUGUCCAUUCACAAAAAGGCCGUCUCUAUUUUGGGAGAUGAAGUCUUCAGGUUCCAGAUGACUUUGUAUCCAGAUGCGACAGCAGGCGAGGCCUAUGCUGAUAUGUCUAAAGUGGAUGGCAAACUUAGUCUCAAAGUGGGCUGUAUUCAGAUUGUCUAUGUUCAUAAAUUCUUCAUGUCUCUUUUGAGCUUCCUCAACAAUUUUCAAACUGCCAAAGAAGCCUUGAGCUCUGCCACAGUCCAGGCUGCAGAAAGAGCUGCAUCCAGCGUGAAGGACCUGGCCCAGAAGAGCUUCCGGCUUCUGAUGGACAUCGAUUUGAAGGCGCCCGUCAUUACUAUUCCCCAGUCUUCUGUGUCUCCUAAUGCUGUUAUAGCAGAUCUUGGCUUAAUCCGAGUUGAGAACAAAUUUAGCUUGGUUCCCAUGGAGCACUACUCUCUUCCCCCGGUGGCUGAUAAGAUGAGCAUCCAGCUUACUCAGCUGCAGCUCUCCAGAACUGUUUUAGAGUCUGACUCGCCUCAACAUGACAUUGAAAUCUUAAAACCAGUGAACAUGCUUUUGUCCAUACAGCGGAAUCUGUCAGCAUCGUGGUACACACAGAUUCCAGGCAUGGAGAUAAAAGGAAAACUUAAGCCUAUGCAAGUUGCUCUCAGUCAAGAUGACUUGACAGUUUUAAUGAAAAUUUUGCUGGAAAACCUUGGGGAAGCUUCGUCACAGCCAAGCCCUGCCCAGUCUGCACAGGAGGCUACAAGAGUGAAGAGAGAUACUCGGAGCGGGCCUGAUUACCUUAAAGAAGAACAUUUGACAGACCCAAAGCCCUCCGUGGAUCAGACUGUCACUCUUCAGUUUGACUUUCACUUUGACUCACUAUCCAUCAUCCUGUACAACAGUGACAGCCAUCAGGAGCCCAGACUUUCAUUUCAUAAUGACAGUUUCCGUCUUGGUGAGCUCAGACUACACCUGAUGGCUUCUGCAGGGAAGAUGUUCAAGGAUGGAUCUGUGGAUGUCAGCCUUAAACUGAAGACAUGCACUCUUGAUGAUCUCCGAGAAGGAAUUGAGAGAGCAACAUCCAGGAUGAUUGACAAAAAGAAUGACCAGGAUAGCAACAAUUCUAUGAUUGAUAUAAGUUAUAGACAAGAUAAAAAUGGAAGUCAGAUUGAUGCUGUUCUUGACAAACUGUACGUGUGUGCCAGCGUGGAGUUUCUGAUGACUGUGGCUGAUUUCUUCAUCAAAGCUAUGCCUCAGAAUCCAGAAAACAUAGCAAAAGAAAUACAGAUUCCAUCAAGACAGACUGCCAUGGAGAGAGUCAAGAUGGAAAAAGAUGAUUCUGUGAGGCCAAAUAUGACCUUGAAGGCCAUGAUCACAGACCCAGAAGUAGUGUUUGUUGCCAACCUGACAAGGGCUGAUGCUCCUGCUCUGACAGCCUCAUUCCAGUGUAAACUCUCCAUGUCAACGUCCAAACUCGAGCAGAUGAUGGAAGCUUCUGUGAGAGAUCUGAAAGUGCUUGCCUGCCCCUUCUUGAGAGAAAGGAGAGGGAAGAGCGUCACCACGGUGUUACAACCCUGCUCUUUAUUUAUGGAAAAGUGCACAUGGGCUUCAGGAAAACAAAACAUAAAUAUCAUGGUGAAGGAGUUUGUAAUUAAGAUUUCACCUAUAAUCCUUAAUACUGUGAUGACAAUCUUGGCAGCUAUGUCUCCAAAGGCCAAAGAAGAUGAAUCAAAAGACACUACCAAGGAGAUGGACAAUCUCUGGGGCGUCAAAUCUAUUACUGAUUAUAACUCUUGGUUUCUUGGUGUUGACAUGGCAACAGAAGUAACAGAAAAUUUCAGAGACUUUGAACAUCCACCAAUAGAGGAAAACUGUGUGGUUGCUGUGGAGUCAGUUCAAGUCACCUUAGAAUGUGGCCUUGGCCAUCGCACCGUGCCUCUGUUAUUGGCAGAGUCUAAGUUUUCUGGAAAUGUUAAAAACUGGACUUCUCUAAUGGCUGCUUCUGCUGACAUGACACUAGAGGUUCACUAUUAUAACGAAAUCCAUGCUGUCUGGGAGCCACUGAUUGAAAGAGUGGAGGGGAAAAUACCAUGGAGCUUAAAGCUUAAUGUGAAGAAGAACCCGAUCCAGGAUAAAAGUUUGAUGCCAGGAGAUGAUUUUAUUCCUGAGCCACAAAUGGCAGUUCAUGUUUCUUCAGAAGCUACGAUGAAUAUCACAAUAUCCAAAAGCUGUCUUAAUGUUUUCAACAAUUUAGCAAAAGGUUUCUCGGAGGGAGCUGCUUCUACUUUUGACUACUCUCUAAAAGACAGGGCUCCUUUUACAGUCAAAAAUGCCCUAGGUGUUCCCAUGAAGGUGCAGCCCAAUUGUAACCUCAGGAUGAUGGGUUCCCUGGAAAAGAGUGACAUUUAUGAUGUGGAUGCUGGUCAGCAUUUGGAGCUGGAAUAUGCCAGCCCAGAACCUUUGUGUCAAGGAAAGCUGUCGAUUCUGAGCCGGCAGGAGAGUUCCUUCUUCACGCUGACCUUCGUACCACAUGGCUAUACAGAAGUGGGCAGUGUCCCUGUUGCCAGGCCUGGCCGGCGGUUGUAUAAUGUACGGAAUCCUGGUGCCAGCCGUUCUGAUUCUGUGUUGGUGCAGAUUGAUGCAGCAGAAGGGAAUAAGGUCAUCACUCUCCGAUCGCCUCUGCAGAUUAAGAACCACUUCUCGAUAGCAUUUAUCAUCUACAAAUUUGUCAAGAAUGUUAAGCUGUUGGAGCGCAUUGGAAUAGCCAGACCUGAGGAGGAGUUCCAUGUCCCUUUGGAUUCUUACAGAUGUCAGCUGUACCUUCAGCCGGCAGGCAGCCUAGAGCAGCAGUACACACAGUCCACCACGUACAUUUCCUGGAAGGAAGAGCUUCAUCGUAGCACGGAGGUCAGGUGUAUGCUGCAGUGCCCUGCAGUGGAGGUCAACUUCUUACCUCUCAUCGUGAACACGGUCGCCCUGCCUGAUGAGCUGAGCUACAUCGGUGCCCACGGGGAAGACUGGGACCCAGCCUAUGUUAUCCACCUUUACCCUCCUCUCACCUUGCGGAACCUUCUCCCGUAUUCGCUAAGAUACUUGCUUGAGGGAACUGCAGAAACCCAUGAGCUGGCAGAAGGCAGCGCUGCCGAUGUACUCCACUCACGAAUCAGUGGCGAGAUCAUGGAGUUAGUCCUGGUGAAAUACCUGGGCAAGAACUGGAACGGACACUUCCGCAUUGCCGACACCCUUCCCGAGUUCUUCCUCGUGUGCUUUUCCUCAGACACCGCCGAAGUCAUGACAGUUGACUUGUCAGUACAUGUCAGACGAGUUGGCUGUCGGAUGGAGCUGUCUGUCUUUAGUCCCUAUUGGCUGAUCAACAAAACUUCUCGGGUUCUCCAGUAUUGCUCUGAGGAGAUACAUGUGAAACAUCCGGCCGAUUUCAGGGACAUUAUUUUAUUCUCUUUCAAGAAGAAGAACAUUUUUAGUAAAAAUAAGGUACAGUUAAAAAUUUCAACUAGUGCAUGGUCCAAUGGUUUCUCAUUGGAUACCGUGGGAAGUUACGGGUGUGUGAAGUGCCCUGCCCCCAAUAUGGAAUACCUGGUCGGGGUUAGCAUCAAAAUGAGCAGUUUCAACCUCUCACGAAUAGUUACUCUGACUCCCUUCUGUACCAUUGCAAACAAGUCCUCCUUAGAGCUGGAAAUUGGAGAGAUUGCCUCUGAUGGCUCCAUACCGACCAACAAAUGGCACUAUGUCGCUUCUUCAGAGUGCAUUCCAUUUUGGCCUGAAAAUUUGUCUGGCAAACUUUGUGUGAGAGUGGUGGGCUAUGAAGGAUCCUCCAAGCCAUUCUUUUACAACCGGCAAGACAAUGGCACUUUACUGAGCUUAGAAGAUUUGAAUGGAGGUAUCUUGGUGGAUAUAAACACUGCUGAACACUCAACUGUCAUAACCUUCUCUGAUUACCACGAGGGAUCUGCACCUGCCCUGAUAAUGAACCAUACACAGUGGGACGUCCUCACCUAUAAACAGAGUGGGUCCCAGGAGGAAUUUGUAUUGCUGCCAAGAGAAACUCGAUUGUUUGCCUGGGCAGAUCCCACUGGCACCAGGAAACUCACAUGGAGCUAUGCGUCCAACUUUGGGGAGCAUGAUCUCCUAAAGGAUGAGUGUGGACAGUUUCCAUACGAUGCAAACAUCCAGAUACAUUGGGUGUCCUUCCUUGAUGGGCGCCAGAGGAUUCUCCUUUUCACGGAUGACGUUGCUUUGGUUUCCAAAGCGCUCCAGGCAGAAGAAAUGGAACAGGCUGACCAUGAAGUCUCCUUGUCUCUCCACAGCCUUGGACUCUCUCUGGUUAACAAUGAAAACAAGCAGGAAGUCUCAUAUGUUGGGAUCACCAGUUCAGGUGUUGUUUGGGAGAUGAAGCCAAAACAGAGAUGGAAGCCAUUUAGUCAGAAGCAGAUAAUGUCCCUGGAGCAGUCCUAUCAGAAGCAUCUCACAUCAAAAGACCGGGGCUGGAUCAAACUGGAUAGCAAUUUUGAGGUCAAUUUUGACAAAGUUCCAAUGGAAAUGCGACUUCCUAUCCGGUGCCCUAUUAAACGGGACUUCUUAUCAGGGAUUCAGGUUGAAUUUAAGCAAUCUCCUCACCAGAGAAGCUUAAGGGCCCGGUUAUACUGGCUCCAGGUUGACAAUCAGUUACCGGGCACCAUGUUCCCAGUGGCAUUUCAUCCCGUGGCUCCUCCCAAGUCCAUUGCUUUAGAUUCGGAGCCCAAACCUUUCAUUGACGUGAGUGUGGUCACAAGGUUCAAUGAGUACAGUCAAGUCUUGCAGUUCAAGUAUUUUAUGGUUCUCAUCCAGGAAAUGGCCUUAAAGGUUGACCAGGGGUUUCUUGGAGCUGUUAUUGCACUGUUUACCCCAACAACUGCCCCUGAAGCUGAAAGGAAACGGACAAAGUUAAUCCAACAAGAUAUCGAUGCUCUCAACACAGAGUUAAUGGAGUCUUCAAUGACUGACAUGUCGGUCCUGAGUUUCUUUGAACAUUUCCAUAUAUCUCCUGUUAAGUUGCAUUUGAGUCUGUCUUUGGGUUCUGGAGGUGAGGAAUCUGACAAAGAGAAACAGGAAAUGAUUGCAAUUCAUUCUGUGAACCUGCUGUUGAAAAGCAUAGGUGCCACUCUGACUGACGUGGAUGACCUCAUAUUCAAACUUGCCUAUUUUGAAAUUCGCUAUCAGUUUUACAAGAGAGAUCAGCUCAUGUGGAGUGUUGUCAGACACUACAGUGAACAGUUCCUGAAGCAGAUGUAUGUGCUUGUGCUGGGCUUAGAUGUGCUUGGAAACCCAUUUGGACUCAUUAGGGGCCUGUCGGAAGGAGUUGAAGCACUGUUCUAUGAGCCUUUCCAGGGUGCUGUUCAAGGCCCUGAAGAAUUUGCUGAAGGAUUAGUGAUUGGGGUGAGAAGUCUCUUUGGACACACAGUAGGUGGUGCUGCAGGAGUUGUCUCUAGAAUCACCGGUUCUGUUGGGAAAGGCCUGGCAGCAAUUACAAUGGACAAAGAGUAUCAACAGAAGAGAAGAGAGGAGAUGGGUCGACAGCCUAAAGAUUUUGGAGACAGUCUGGCCAGAGGAGGGAAGGGCUUCCUUCGUGGAGUUGUUGGCGGGGUGACUGGGAUAAUCACAAAGCCUGUGGAAGGUGCCAAGAAGGAGGGCGCUGCUGGUUUCUUUAAAGGAAUUGGAAAAGGGCUUGUGGGUGUAGUGGCUCGUCCAACUGGCGGAAUCAUAGAUAUGGCUAGCAGCACCUUCCAAGGCAUUCAGAGGGUAGCAGAAUCAACUGAGGAGGUGUCCAGCCUCCGUCCACCUCGCCUGAUCCACGAAGACGGCAUCAUCCGUCCGUAUGACAGGCAAGAAUCUGAAGGCUCUGACUUACUAGAGCAAGAACUGGGAACACAGGAGUAAAUGUUUCCUGUACUGCCUGAUUCCAUCCUUAAAACUCAAAUCAAACUACUGCUAUUUAACUGUGUGUGAAUCAGACCAAGGGUUGAUUUUAAUGAGAUUUUAUUUAUAACUCUCACUUCUAUCUGAACUUUUUAUAAUAGUUAGUGACUCAGCCACACUUGAAAAUUGUGACUCCUUGUAAUUCUACACAGGCCUAAGUAGUGUAAAAGAUUUCAUGGUGCAGGGAAUAACUUUGCCAGUUUGGGGUUGGGGUCAAAGGCUGUUGAACCCAGAGCAUAUAUUUUGCUACAAUUUUAGAAACCUAUCAUUUUGUGUAUUAGGUUGUUCACAUGCAGAUGCAGUAAAUGUCUCUAUAUUUGUGAAUCUCGAUGAUAGAAUUACUCCAUAUGUCACCCAAAUUUACUCAAGUCAUACAACUAUUAAUAAGUAAUAUGUCAGUUUCUCUGAGCUUGUCCUUAUAUCUGAGAUGAGAUCUGGCAUAGGAAUUUAGGAGAAUGUUACUUCAGUAUUUUUUCUUUCUUAACUCAGUUAUAGCUAAAUAAAUGAAGUAAUUUUUUAUGUGGUCUGCACCCUUAGCCUUUAGCAGAAUGUUUUUGGAGAACUGAGUCUCAUUGUUGGUUAUGCGUACUUCAUAAUUACUGAUUUUAAUUAUUGUAAAUAGAGUCAGUAGCAGAACAUGUAAUUAGGAAAAUUACCUCUGUGGCAGGUGAAUAUAUAGAUAUCUCUACUUUUUAAGAACACACUCUUUAGAGGCUGAGAAGAUGGCUCAGUUGAGAAAAUCUUUCACAAGUAAGCAUAAAGUCCUGAGUUCAGGUCCAGUACCCAUGUAAAGGUUAGACGUGGUGGUGGUGCAUGUCUUUAACUCCAAUAUGACAGUAGGGUUCAGGAAACAGACAGAACCUAGGCCUCGCUUGCAGCCAGCUCAGUUACUUUAGUGAGCACCAGAUUUAGUAUGAGACCCUGCUCAAAAACACAGCGAAACAAAAGACAGAGUAAUGAAAGAUACCUGAUAGUGACCUUAAGCCUCCACGUAUACAUGUGUGCAUACCUUCAUGUACACAUAACACAAACAUACACAUGCAUAUGCCGUUGGCACUUCAUAAAUAUAAUCCCCAGAGAUUUCUAUUGAUGUGAAAAAUUAUUAUAAAUUACCAUUUAUACUCCCAGUUAAUUCUCAAAGUAAGUUAUAAUUUAAUUUCUUCUUAAAAUAAAUAAUGGAAAUGUUUAAUUUCAUGAUCUAACAAUGUUUUAUCUAACAACUACAAUUGAAUCCAAAUAUAAGCCCCAUCCCUAAUAUAUGUUUGGAGAUAAUGAAACUGUUAUAAUGCAAGCAUUCAGUUGGAAUCUAUAUUCAUUUUUUUAAAAGGCAGGGUCUCAGUGUGUGACCCUGGCUGACCUGGAAACUCUAUAUAGACCAGGUUGGCCUUGAACUUACAGAGCUCCUCCUGUGCCUCUCAAGUGCUAGAAUUAAAGGCAUGCAUUUAUAUGUUUUUAAAUAUAUAGUUAUAAAAGCGAAUUAUUAAAAUACUUUUACAUUAAAAAAUACUUUUUCAAGAGAAAAUAAUUGAUGUCCAACAACCAGACAGUGCUAGAUGGACAAAAGAAAUGACUUACAUUGUUAGGCUGGGGUAUAGCAUGCACAAGGCCGGGUUUGAACCUGGUGCCACCACGUUCCCUUCAAAACAAGGCUUCUGUGUUUAUGGGACCAAGUAUAGAAAAACAUGUAAAUAUUAAUAGUAGCCAAAAAGGAAAAGAAAAGAUCUUCUCAUGCCUGGAUAAUAGGGGAUGGGCACAAUGUCCCUGUGUGUGUAGCUUCUGUGAGAAUCAAGCACAAUCCACCACUUCAAAUGCUGUAGGUUCUUGUGUGAGAGUCACAAAUUUUAGCUUUCCUGACUUUAUUUCAAUUUUGCUCAGACUUUUGUGACCCUUUAAAACCUGAGGUCUUUAUUUAUUAUUUAUUAUUUAUUUUAUGUUUUAGCUCUUUAGUGGUUCCUGUGAGUUCCUCUUUAGUGAUUUAGUGUUUCCCUUUUUGUAAAUGUAUAUUACUAAGCACAAAACAUUAUUUUAGCUAAGCAUAUCACCAUCUCACAUAGCUCUUUAGUUUUAAUUACGGUAUCAGGCAACCCUUUAAACUUUAGUAUACUGUGACAACUAUUGGAAGAAACAGAAAGUGAGUUGUUACAGGGUUUGAUAGUCCAUUCCUGGGAAACUGAGAAGUUUAGCCCAUUGUGUCCCUUGCUCACCCAUUUUGUUGUGGUCAGGGAGUUGGGUAAGAAGUACUUACUGGUUAUUUAGACUCUGCUGCACUGAUUCCAUAAGGGAGUAAGUAUAACAAUACGUAAAUAUCACAGAGUCCUAGAGUAUUAGAUUAUAUCCUCCUGGAUUUCACUGUAAUAUUAGUUUAUUUUAAAUAAUUUAUUUGGGGAAUCUUUAUUUGGGGAUCCCCAUUUUUCUUUCACCUCUCAAGCUUCCCUCUGUGUUCUCUACUGCUUGACUGUGAAAAGCCUUCCUCACGUGCCGUGUGUUUGUGGUAUCUUCUGCUCCAAUAUUCGCUUAGGAUAAUGCUGCUUAUGCUGUACAUGUAUGUGUAUUUAGAUAGAUAGACAGGUUUUAUGUAUUAUUUAUUUUGCUUAUGACACUUAUGGUCAUAUAAGAUGUAGAGUGGUGUUCCUUGUUUUUUCUAUGUGUGUGUUUUUCCAUGUAUGGAAAUGUUUCAUUAAGAUUUUACUCUUUGCCUGUCCACCCACUGAGAUAACCUUACAUUGUAUAUCUGACUGUUCUCAGUCCCCGACAGUAGUUCCUGUACUGUACUUGGUACUAUUAACUCUGCGUUAAUGUUCUCAGUCCCCGACAGUAGUUCCUGUACUGUACUUGGUACUAUUAACUCUGCGUUAAUACUGCUGUGCGUUUGCAUUUUGCCGUUUCAAGCUGUUUCCUUAGAAUUAAUUUGAAAGGGAUGAGAAGGAAUGGGCAAAGGAACCAUUCUUUAGCAGAGUCUUACUAAAUUACUCGUGCUGAGUUUGGAAGACAGAGUAUUACUUUGGCCAGUCUGGUCUCCUGAUGCCCUUAGUGGCUGGGGAUCUUACUCUGACUUUCAGAGUCUAUUGGAUUGUUACUAGAACUGAAAAGGUAGUUCUCAGUUAAUACAUUUCCCACUAGGGUUCUUGGUGGUUGAAGCACAGCUUGAUAAACAAUGGACAGAGAGGAAAGACGUAGGUCUCUGUUCUCCCUCCACCAUCUCUGGCCUACACCUGCAUUCCGAGCUCCAGCUAAAGGCACUUAAUCAUUAUAGUGUGCUAGUCUGUUCUCCCAUUGUCUCUGAAGAAACUGAGGUACUGAUGGCAAAAUAUUGGAGCUAAUUCACAGGGGCGACCUGUGAAUCAAGUGUCCAUCUCAGAGGAGAUACAUUCUGAAGAUGCCACCUCAGCUCUGUAGGAAUUCUCUCUCUUAUUCGUGGCUUUUGUAAUCAUUGUUCAUGGCUUUUUGUAAUUGUCAAGGAAUUGACUAGGGGCCAACAUACUUAAAAAAUGUGGGUUCCAUCCCCAGCACCACAAGUUAGAAAUGAACUUGGGCACUGAAAUCACAACACCGAGCAUGCUUUCUCUGCUGUGUGUGUGUUGACUUUGUGGUCCUAGUGUCAUUGAUAGUGUGCUCUCAGUCAUGCACAAUAACAGUCUCACUCAUUCAGUGUCUCUGUCUGUAUUUUAUGCUCUUGUAUUAUUUGAUCUUUAAUCAUUCAUCAUAGGUGAUAUCAAUAAUAUUCUUUCAUUAGCAUUUGUGAUAAAACUAUUUGUUAUUUUUAAUGUGUAUUGACUAAUUUAAGUCAAUCGUUUUAAGAUACUUGAAAAAGAAAAUAAAUAUUUUAUUGGAUACGAUUUAUACUUGGGUUAUUUUGUGCAUUAGAAAUAAACUGUGUGAACUAUUUUAAAAUGCUA